GUGGGAGGAGUUAAAGUAAGAUGGCUGCGGGAAAGGGAAUACUGUUUGAGAAAUCGUCAAAUGGGAUGUUUAUCUGUCGCUAACAGGAUGCACAUCAGCCCGAAUGAAGGAGUGGUUAAUUUGUUAGCUUCCCAGGCUCAGUGUGGUCUAGCUCGCCGGUUGUCUCCAGGUUACUUGCACGCUGAUCAUCCGUUUACUGCUCUGACAUUGUGGAAUUCAUUAGCAGCUAGUCGUUAGCAACCCACCAGCGCUAAGUUACUAGCAACCAGCUAACCAGGUAUCUGUGGAAAUCAGCGCCUCGCAACCACUGUUAAGACUCCUACAAAUAUCCAAGUGCAGAGUGCCCGUCCUGACUGGCUAUGGAGUGGUGUUGGCUUCAGACUGGAUGACAGGGUCUACAGGGAGGAAAGGGUCACACAGAUUCUGAAGCAGUGGCAGGCUUUGCCUAGACGUACACUGACUGGCAGUGACAGCGCGUUUGCAGCUGACCUCCUUCCCCUCCGUCUCUCUUGUUAGAUACACUUUCCCUCCCCUUUAUCCCCCUCUCCUCCUCCCCCUUUCCUUUUCUUCCCUCUUAAUUUCUUUUUGCCCUCCGUUGCUUCUAUUUUUACUGGAACUCCUCUCGUCUUUGAGUUCUUGUGACCUGCCUCUCACUGGGUCCAGUAUGAGCUGGCUGAGCAGGUUGAACCCACGGGGUCCCGGGAGUCGGUCCGGCCGGAGUGCCGCCCCCUCCAGCCCCUGCACUGCUGACCCGGAGACUUGCCUCAUGGUGUUUGAGAACCACUGGAGACAGGUCUCUUGGGUGUUGGAGCAGCACGAGCCUUCGUCCUCCAGCGAUGACCUGACGGCAGUGAGGAAUCACACCGACCAGAUGUUGUGUCUGCUGGCGGAGGAGCGGCCUGCUGAGAGCUCAGAGGGCGGUGCCGGCGUGGCACUUAUGGGCCCCAUACUGGAGCUGGUGGUCACCGAGAAUAUUCUAGAGUGUCUGGUUCAGUGGCACCUCUGCCGCGGCCUGGACCCAGACAGCCAGGGGGCGCUGCUCAAGUUGUUUGAGAUGCUCAUCGGCCAGUCCCAGCAGCCUCUUCUGCAGCACACAGCCGUCCUCCACCCCCUAUUGAGGCUACUGGGAGCUUGCGCUGACCCAGAACUUGGUUGUCCUUCAGCCCUGGAGAACAGUCUGGUACUGCUGCUCAACCAGGUCUGUGUGUCCAUGGCCCGGCAGCCUGUGGUUCUAGAGAUGUUGUUCCAGGCGGCACCGGCCCAGCAGGGCUCCACCAAUCUGCUGAUCUUCUCCCUCCUCGUGCCAUUCAUACACCGGGACGGAGCCAUCGGACAGCAGGCGCGAGACGCGCUGCUGCUGGUCAUGGCGGCCUCGGCCAGCCACGAGGCUGUGGCACGUUACAUCGCUGAGAAAUCCUACUUCUGCCCAGUGUUGGCGACGGGCCUCAGCGCUCUCUACUCGUCUCUGCCCAGGAAGAUUGAAGUUCGAGGAGACGACUGGCAUGCCCUGCGGCGGGAGGACUGGAUGGGCGUGUCAUCACUCGUGCUUUUCAUGAACUCGCUGGAGUUCUGUAAUGCUGUGGUGCAGGUCGCUCAUCCCCUGGUCCGCUGCCAGCUCCUGGACUACCUCCACAACGGUUUCCUCGUACCUGUCAUGGGCCCCGCGUUGCAUAAGUCGUCAGUGGAUGAGAUGAUCGCCAGUACCGCCUACCUGGACCUUUUCCUGCGUAGCGUGUCAGAGACUUCUCUCCUCAAAACCUUCCUGCGCUUCAUCCUGCUGCAUCGCCACGACAAUGACACCAUCCUGGACACCCUGCUCACACGCAUCAGCAGCAAUUCAAGGCUCUGCAUGGUGUCGUUGAGCCUCUUCAGGACUCUUCUCUCUCUGAACUGCGAGGACAUCAUGCUGCAGCUUGUUCUCAGGUAUCUACUACCCUGUACCCAUGUAAUGCUGAGUCAGCGUCGUGCCAUCAGGGAGGCUGAUGUUUACGGAAAGUCGGCAGACAAGUUCCUGUCGCUGAUCCCAGAGUGCUGCCGGCUGAAUGCAACGCCCCCUGGUGAGCGGGACGAUGACAGUGCAUUCUGGGGCAAAGUACUGAACAGUCCCAGCACAGAGGCUCCAGCCCCACCCAGACCCAGCACCCCGUCCCGCUUAGCCUUCUUCAUCCGCCAACAGAGCAGUGGUGGUGGAUCAGGAGGAGGGGCUCCCUCUACCCCCACCAGCAUGGAGCCAUUGCAGCCUUCCAGCUCCCGCUCCCUAUCCCCUGACAGCCCGAUGCAUCAUCAGCAGACUCUUACAGAGAGUCUGGACUGGGAUUCGGGUUACCUGGAGUACCUCAAGGACGCCCGGCGAGGCAUCGAGCUUUGCUCCUGGGCCUGCCGUGACUGGUCGGCGCCCUACGAUGGAGAAAACCCCUCCCCAAACACAGCCCCUCCACCCCCACCUCCCCCUACCUCCAACCCCUCCAUGGCUAUGUUCCCUGAGCACUUCUCUUUCCAGCUGGGAGGAAGCAGUAACACCCCUCCAGGCCAGCAGAGGGCAGCCAUUGUUGCUGCAGCACGGUCCGAGUGGAGCAGCUCAGAGCGGGACAGCGGAGAGUGGGACGUUACAAUCGGCAAAAACAACUGCAUCAGCCUCACACCACGCUCCAAGAAACGCAGCCUGCAGAGAGAGGAGCUGCUGCCAAAGCCUGUACCUCGUCUCAUCCCCUCCUCUUCGUCUUCAGACACCCCUUUAUCGACGUCCCACCCCGCCUCAUCCCCAGCUCCUCACAUUCCGGCUUCUCCCAUCACUGUUAGCUACGAGGCCAUGUAUAACGGAACGAUGGGGCAACAGGACAGGUGCUCAGACAAUCGGGACAGAGGAAUGGAGGUAAAGAAAGUGAAGAGAGACCUGGGGGAGCAGCAGUAUUUGGAUGAAAAUGCAAAUCAAAAUGGAUCCCUUGUCACCUGCCCCUCCGAAAGCUGCACCACUCUCCCACAGUCCAUUUUUAGCAACAGUGAAAUAAGUGAUGCAAAAUCUCUUAGCCCUAACCAGAUUCCCUCUCAGAGCUCCAUCACCCAGCCAACGUGUGACACCAAACUCUUGAACAGCGACACCUCAAACCCACACAGUGCAUCCUCAGAUCUUCCAGAAGGCAACCAGAUGCAGCAAUCUGUAGAGAGUCUAAUCCAGGAGCUGCUCGAGCAGGUACCAGGAGAACCACAGCUCCCUGGAGACUCCAACGGCCAGGGCAUCAGCAUCGAGGCUUUCACACAGGAGCUGAGGGAGCUGGAGGACCGGGUGAAGGAGCGUAACAGAGGAGCGUUCCAGCCGGAGGAAACAGCCGGAGAGUCCUUGUUUGCUGAGCGACAGGAAGAGGAACAACAGCUGUCCUCGACCCUGGAGGUGAAGCCGACAGGUGACGCAAAGGGAGAAGGGUCUGUGGUGGGCUUCUGUAGUCCUCCUAGACCACUAAAUCAGCCUUCCUCUCAGCCGUACACAGGUCCAUUUAUGGUGGUUCUGUUUGCCAAGCUGGAGAACAUGCUCCAAAACUCAUUGUACGUCAACAUCCUGCUCACGGGCAUCGUGGCCCAGCUGGCCUGCUAUCCUCAGCCCCUCCUACGCUCCUUCCUGCUCAACACCAACAUGGUCUUCCAGCCCAGCAUCAAGUCACUGAUCCAGGUUCUAGGUUCUGUGAAGAACCGCAUUGAGGCGUUCGCAGCCUCCCACGAUGACUUCCCUGCCAUGCUGAGGAAAGCUCAGCAGUACCUGGUGGCCCGAGGAAAAGUGGACUGGACUGAUACGCCUGCAGCAGUUCCUCCCCUGCGGCGCUCUGAUUCACUAGUGAAGAGUCGUAAACCAUCUCUCGGAGACCUGAUCCUUCGUCACACCAACAGCCCGACCCGGGCUCGACACGCCGCUCAGCUGGCCCUCGCACACGUACGGGACGGCGGCCAAUCACUGCACAGCGCUCUGUUCAAGGGCGGCGGAGGCGGAGGGGCCUCUGGCCUGGAGAAGCAGGCCGAGGCGCUCCGAGUGAAGAACGCCGUCUACUGUGCCGUUAUCUUCUGCGAGUUCCUCAAGGAGCUGGCUGCCCUGGCUCAAGAGCACGCCGUCACUCUGCCUUUUCCCCACAGCCAGGAGGCAGAAGAAUAGACAACUCCUCCAAUCUAGCUCUUAGCCUCCAUUUCUUUUUUAAAAAGAGUUAUAUAGGAUUCUCCUAUCACCAGAGGACAGACUGGAGCACUGAAACAUUUCUGUCACUGAGGUGGGUCGUUUGCAAUGACACAGACAAAAAGCAAGAUGGAAAUAGUGUCAUUUUUGUACCAAAAUCAUUAUAGGAUAACUAUAGGACUGGAAGAAUUUUCCUCAUCUGUAAACUUAUAUGAUAUUGUGCAUAUCAUGUGUUAUAUUUACAUUCUAUACACAGAAUAUCUCGGUAAAUGCUUGAGAUUUGGGAGGUUGUACAUACACAUACCACGUGGUAUAAUGUGACACAGUAAAGCCACAGAUUAAAGAAAUAGGUGCACAUAUUGGUGCUAGUCAAUACUCUUUAUCUUUUAAGUUGGAAGGGUGCUUUCAGGCAGCACAGAGGAAAAGACUGUUUUGUCCUCAACAAAAUUAUGACACCAACACCAAAAAUUGUUUGGCAGGAAAACACUGAAAGUUUAGACUUGUCAAUCAACUAUAAGGUGAUCCAGUCAGCUUCGGCCCUUUCUGUACGACAAGCUAGUCUUUGCUUUUGUCACAGAGCUUUUCAUCCUAUAUCAAGGACUGGCCAAUAGAGAAAGUUCACAGAAACACAGCAGGGGUUCCUAGUAACAUCUCAAGUGUCCAUUUUAUUUUUAAAAGGCUGCACUGCUGCAAAGACUAGUCAUGAAUGAACGAGCUGAUAACUGGAACACGCAGGUGAAGGAGAGGGUCACUUUCUCUCCUGUGAAUCAGCACGACCACCACAAAUGUACUGGAAAACUUUGGAUAAUUAAUGCCAUUUUAAAAAAAUAUUUAGUUUUAAAACGUGUUUCUUUUGCAUUUGCACCAUUUUCGAGACAUAUCAGCAACACGCGGGAACAGGUGUCUGCCGUCGUGUGUGCGAGUUUAUUUUAACAAAUGGCUCCUUUCCAAAAGGUGAUGCCAACUCUUCAGGCCAUCGGUAAGCCAUUCACCUGUUGCCAUAAAGGAGAGGCUGUGGGAUUGAAACGGCAGCACUGCUUUACGAUUCGUACCUUUUGUGUGUCAUUUAGUUUUUUUAAAAGACCUCAGAGUCUGCAAGGAAAAGGCGAGAAGGGACGUUUUUUUGUCUAGGGAGAAUUUGCAUGAUUUCCAUUUACUUUGAACUGACAGUUGAAAUAGGUCCUCAUGAGGCAUUCACUGACCCUUCUUUAACAGAUCUUUAUUUAAAUGGAUCUUUAUUUGUGAGCUGAAGCUGAGGCUUGGAUGAAGCAAUCUCCAUUUCAGUUUUUCCAUUUCAGCUUUGAGAUGUUGUCUCUUUGGUGAGACAGACCAAACUGAACAUACAACUGUUCAACUUGGAACUUAACAUGCUGCUAUUUUUUUUUAAGUAACACCCAUUUUUUUACUAGUGUAAUAGCUACUUUCUCUUCAUUUCAUUGUUAGGUACCAAGUAUAAAAUGUGUAUUUGGGGAUGUGGAGGAAUCUUUGCCAGCGUUGUGAUCGGCGUUUAAUUUAUUUUGUUGUGUCUGAGGUUAAAUGAAGUAGCAGCCACACAGUGUUAAAAGCUUUUGCCAAGACAAAAUUCUCUUUCAACCUUUCCCCUCAACAUUAAGCAACCUUUUGAGGGGUUUAAAGUAAUUAUUGGCAGUUUGUUAGAAGAUGGUAAUUCUUCAUUUUACAGGUCUCUAAUUUCUUAAUAAUUUCCUUGUUCUUCUGUGAAAAUGAUUAGGAAAUGAAGAACCUGGAAAAUUAAGCUUUACAUGUAUGACUGCAAUGCAAAACUCAUCUUUCGCACAGCUUUUUUGUGAAAUGAUUUGGUUGUCUGCACACACUAGCCAUUAUCUCAACUUUUAGCAGUAGAGAAACUGCUAAAUGUGCCUGCCAUCCUGCAAAGUCUUCAAUCUUUGAAAUUGAAUACUGCAUAAUUUUUUGACAACUGUUCCGUCUUUCUCAAAGUUGAAGCCUUCUCAAUUUGUCAAAGCCAUAUCCAUGGUCGUCAUGUUUGUAAAUGUAGUACUUCAUCACUGCUGUAACUCACUUUUGUAUGGAAUUUCUAGACACAUUUGGUAAAACCCCAGUUUGUUUUUUAAGUACCAUUAGUUAAGAGUUUUUGCAUGCCAGAUAAGGCCGGGUGUAUAGUUAAGUAAUAUUUAAGUAGUAUAGAGUAAGUUUUCUUUGGUUUGUGCAAUAGUGCUGAGCUCAACUUAGGUUCCAUGCUGUAGGUUUUAGUGGUUAGUGAGUCAUCCUGGUGCCUGCAGAGAUCAGAGACGGCAUUUCACACUGAAUGUUUGCUCUCGCCUAAUCAAAUUGGUAGAGAAAUCACUUCUGUAUUUUACCCACUGCCAUCCGUCCGUCCAUCUGUUCACCUAGUCUGCUGUACAUCCGCGUGCUUAGAACAAGAUUAAUGUUUCCCUUGCACAGAAAGAAAAGGCCAGGUUGCUUUAGUUUUCCACUCAAGAUUGUGUUUUUUAACUAAACUAUUUUUACAAACUGUUUCUGUUAAAGAUAGGUCGAACACUAAAUACUCAGCUUCUCAACCAAGCAGUUUCAGUCAAGUUAUCUGUAUUUCUGUGACACAUUUGUGGACACCAAAGACAAUCUCUCUGACAGUACCUGAAACUCCAAGUGUCUCUGUUUGAACAGUGGACAGUUUCAUGGUACAUAAUCCGAACACUAAUAAACCAUGUUCAUGUAGCACUUUUUAAAUGCUAAAAGUGCUUUCAAAUAACCCCAAUGCCUAAUGUAAUACACCUAUAGUAAAAGUUACAUGGCCAAAUACAAGGAAAAUGUUAAGGACAUAUGAUUUGUACUCACUGAUGAUAGAAGUGAUGGCCAAACCUAUGAAAUAAAACCUAAGCUGUAAUUGUCCUUAAAAAGAUGAUUGUUGCCAGCUGAAGGUUAUUGAUAAAAGGGAGCUGCUCUGUAACCCUGAGCUGCAAAACUUAAGUUGUUUUCAUCGGUCCUCCGCGACUUUUUCAGAUUUGGGAUUUUAGCCCAUGCACAUCAUGUCUACGCUUCCUGCAGUCAUUUUUCACUCCUUACUGUUUGUAUUUUUAUUUAAAUAUACUGCAUAUUUAAUUGUGUUUCAUUUUUAAGAAUACAAAAGACAUACAUUUGACAGAGAUUGUAUUUGAGCGUUUUUAUAAGGGUUUAUUUCCUACUCGGGACUUUGACUUCUUCCUUGGGUUGUCAUGACAGACCAUGAGCUGAGCUUAAUUUAGUGCAGCGCUGAUAUGGAAAAACACAACUCACACACAGUGAAAUAAAACAUCUGUAAUCAAGGGUGUACCGGUUACUGUGAUGGAUUUCCUAGCUCUAUGGAAGUUGUUUUUCAUACUCCACAAGAAUGAACGGCAGCAAAUUGCUUCCUGGAAAAGUGAGCCCUCCCAACUGUUCAGACACCAGUAGGGAUUGUGGAAAGGAGGACAGCCUGUUUUAAAAUACAGAAACACCAAUACUGAUUUAAAAUUUUUGAAUUUACUGUUGGGAAAGGGAUUUUGGCUUUUGACUAUGCAGCAACUACCACGGCUGGAUGCUGAAGCCAAUGCACAAUUGUCUUUAACUGCAGUUCCUGUAAUGGCCACCAGAAACUGUCACCCAAAAAAAUCUUCCUGUGAUAAAGUGACCGAGAAAAACAAAUGAAUGAACUCUCUAAAAAAAAUAGUUAAUGUAUGGAUGUACUUACCAGAACGAGUUAGGGCCUCAAAAUGUAUCCAGUCUUGUUUGUGAAUUUGGUGGAUUGAUAAGCUGGCAUCUCAGCCGUGGUGGUUUCUGUUUCCGACUCUGUUAACUGACAAAGCUGAUGGUGAGUGGUAAACCCAAAGCUAAGCAUCACAAAAUGUUGUGUAAUGUCACAGGUAUUGUUUUUUUAUUUUCUUCUGCUGUCUGUGUUUCAGACAGAUGUACUUGAACACUACAAUUGAUCUGUCACUGAGUUAAAAACUGAAUAUUUCUGAAUGUUUUAGUUAUGGCUAAAUUCAGAGCAUGUUAUGUUUUGCGUUUCUGCAUUUUGUAUAUUCAUGGUGUUACAAUGGAAACACUCUGCAAACAGCAAGCCAAAGUGUUCAACUGUCGCUGACUUUCAUUUGAAAUGAAAUUGUUUUGUUUCAGGAUGGGUUAUGAUUGGCUGUUCCAUCACCACAACACAUAAGUGGGUGAAAAACCUUCAUACUCACAUUGCAAUCAGCAAUGCAACUCACAUCAGCUGAGCUUUGCAUAGCAAAGCUGUGUGGCGGAUGAGACUUCCACUUGCACAUAUGGUUUGACAGUUUAUUCUGCAAGUGACUUCAACUGAAACAGUUUUGGCUAUAUAGCUUUGUUUUCACAUCAGAUUUUUUUUAACACAUCACACACACUCUGUGCCAUGUUUUAAAUAGAUUUUCCAUGUGUUGAUUUGUAAUGUGUAUCACGGGAUGUACAGCAUCUUCUCACUUUACCUUUUUCUUUGAAAAGCUUUGACUUUUUACCCCUGACUUAUUCCUCCCCUGUGAUCUAUGCAAAUCAUGCUCUGGUGUCCCCUGUUUGAAGCUGAAAGAUGACGUGGACAGAUUUAAUAUGUAAAUAAUGUAAAAAAAAAAAAAAAAGAGAGAAAAAAAAAGUGAUGGGUGGAAAAUGCAGAGGUAUAUGAAAUAACCAACAGGACAGAAUGAAAAUCAUGCUAAGAAUGAUGAAUGUUGUCAGAAAUAUUUUUCUAUAUUUUGAAAUCAUUAGGGGAAAAAAGGACAAAAUACACAGUGGGGAAAAGCUGUGAGAAGAACACUACAAAGGGAAUGUUUUUAUUAAUUUAUAAAUUCUUUGCCUAGCAAUAUCA